AUGUCUGUUACUGCUGAUGGAUUCGAAGCUUCCCCAUUUUUACAACAAUUAGCUGAUGGUUUAGCUCAACCAGAUUUAGCUAAAAAAGCCGUUGGUGGUGUUAAAGCUACUAUUGUCUUUACUUUAAAGAACAAAUCUGGUAAAGAUCAAAGUUGGUUCUUAGAUUUAAAGAACAAAGGUUCAAUUGAAAAAGUUGAUAAACCACCAAAGAAUGAUGUCCAAUUAAUCUUAAAAGACGCUGAUUUCGUUAAAUUAGCUAACGGUCAAGCUAACGGUCAAAAAUUAUUCAUGAAUGGUAAAUUAAAGAUCAAAGGUAAUAUGAUGAAAGCUACUUCAAUUGAAACUGUUUUCAAAUCAUUAGAUCCAAGACCAAAAUUAUAA